AUGUUCAGAAAUACCGUAGCCAGAUAUACCAGCCCAGUUAGACAAAUGGGAUUAAGAACUGCAAGUUCACUCUCAGCAAAUUCUUCAGCACCAUAUUUUAUCAAGUUUCAAAGAAGUACAACUGCUGAUGAGAUGCAAUCGAGUGAUGUGGCUAGAUGGAAUGAUAUAUUCACUGCUAACCCUUCAAUACAAAAAGUAGGACAAGAAAUUAAACGAUUAGUAAAACAAAAAGGAUAUUGUGCCCAAACUGAACAACCAAAAGAAAUCGUAUUUGAUGUGUUUGCUGAUGGUGAUGUUAUAGAACUGUGUCAAUCUUUAAAGGAAGAAUUGGUUGGAAAGGGUAUAACGGUAAAUAAUAGAGAAUUCCAAACAAUAUUAGGAAGAUUAAUGUUUGAACAUAAAAAACCAUUAUUUUAG